GUUCAAAAUUACUUUUUUCCUUCCUCAUUCUAUGAAGUUUAUUGUAAUUUCAUACAAUUUUGUUAAAGCCAGCAUCUAGCAGAUUCUUCUAGGAAGUAUCUCUUCUAGACCAAGCAAAAAAGGUGCUUGAUCAUCUACAUAGUACAUCACUUUUUCACAUUUGAAGGAUUAUUCUUCUGUUAUAUUACUACUUUAGUCCUUUUUUGCAGCAAAGUCUUAAGAAAAGAAUAUGCUUCUUCCAAAGUGCACCCCAUUUAAAUUUAUUUUAGGUAAUAUAUAACAUUCAACCUUCCGAUACAGCACUCAGCAAUGACAAAUUCUCCUAGGAACUCCAAGAAAAGCAGAAGACCACUCAUUGAAACCACAUUUAAGCUUCCCGGUGAUAUACCAGUUUGGCCACCAGGUGAUGGAUUUGCCAAUGGUAUAAUUGACCUUGGUGGUGGGUUACUAGUAUCACAAAUUUCAACGUUCAACAAAAUCUGGACAACCUAUGAAGGUGGACCAGAUGAUCUUGGAGUUACAUUUUUUGAACCAACAGGUCUAUCCGAUGGCUUCUUUGUUUUAGGACACUACUGCCAACCUAACAACAAGCCUCUUCAUGGUUGGGUUCUUGUAGGGAAAGAUAGCUCUUCAACCGCGAACGGAGCUUUGAAAAAACCACUUGAUUACAAAUUGGUAUGUAACAUAAAGUCUCUGCAAAACAAACAAGACGAACAAGUCUAUAUUUGGUUACCAAUGGCACCUAAUGGCUAUAAAGUUGUUGGCCAUGUAGUCACAACUUCAAAAGAUAAACCUUCAUUCGACAGAAUCAUGUGUGUUAGAUCAGACCUAACUGAUGAAUGUGUCAAAUACAAGUCAAUGAAGCUUUGGGGAGCAGAAAACAAGAGGCUCAAUGUUUAUGAUGUUAGACCAAUCAAAGGAGGCAUUGAAGCUAAAGGUGUUUGUGUAGGAACCUUCCUAGCUCAAUGUAGUGGAAGGACAAAGACAAAUUCUCAAACUUUGCCUAUUGUUUGUUUGAAAAAUACCAAUGAUAAUAGAUUUUCUUCCAUGCCUAAUUUACAUCAAAUUGAAACAUUGAUCAAGGCUUACUCUCCAUAUAUGUACUUACACCCUUUGGAAAAUUACCUUCCUUCUUCUGUGGAAUGGUUUUUCAUCAAUGGAGCAUUACUCUGCGAGAAAAAUAAGGGUGUUAUUAAUGAGAGUCCAAUAGAACCAACCGGUGCGAACCUCCCUCAGGGAUACUCAUCCAUAGAGAGGUUCAACCAUGACUAUUGGCUGGACCUGCCUAUGGAUGUAACUGAGAGAGAAAGAGUCAAGAAGGGGAAUUUACAAAGUUCCAAAGCUUAUAUUCAUGUCAAACCAAUGCUAGGAGGAACUUUCACUGAUAUAGUGAUGUGGGUUUUCUAUCCAUUUAAUGGUGGUGCAAGAGCAAAAGUGGCAUUCUUAAACAUUCCAUUGAGGAGUAAAGGAGAACACGUGGGAGAUUGGGAGCAUGUAACAUUAAGAGUGAGCAAUUUUAGUGGAGAAUUAUGGAGUGUUUAUUUAUCACAACAUAGUAAGGGUGAAUGGGUGGAUUCAUGUGAGCUUGAAUUCCAAAAUGGUAAUAGACCUUUGGUUUAUUCUUCAUUGCAUGGUCAUGCAUUGUUUCCUAGGCCAGGGUGUGUUAUGCAAGGUGUUAGAGGGUUUGGUAUAAGGAAUGAUGCAUGUAAAAGUGAGUUGGUGAUGGAUAUGGUUAAAGGGUUUGAAAUAGUUGGUGCUGAAUAUUUGGGGUCAGAGAUUAGAGAGCCACAUUGGCUGAACUAUGAGAUGAAUUGGGGUCCAAAGGAAGGGCCUAAGGGUCCAAAACAGAAGGAUUUUUGGAAAGGUGAUGAACGGUGAGGUGACCCCUUCUAAUAAUUUAAGGCAUUAAUUUUUAUGUACUACAGUGUAAAAGUUUUAGAUAUUUAUAUUCAUUCAAAUUAAGUCAAAUAAUUUAAGGCAUUAAUUUUUAUGUACUAUAGUGGAAAGUGUGCAUACUUCAUCGAUCUAUCAAUGGCUGU